AAUCCUCGUCUUCUAGAGAGAGAAAUCCUUUCCGUCUUCUUCAUUCUUUUCCGUUUAGGGUUCAGUUCCCGGUCUCUCUGGUUCAGAUUCCGACCAAAUCGCCGGUCAUCUUCAACUAUUCCGAUCAUAAUCUCAGAUGAUUCUUCUUUUCUUGUCUUCAUUACGCCUUCAUCAUUAAAACCCCUCCGUCAUCCUAGGUCUGUUUGUUGUUAGGUUUGAUGCAUGGCUUCAGCUCUUCUAGCAAGUAGGAAUGAACCACACUGGGGAGAAGGAACUGUUUAUAUGAGGAAAAACCCUAAUUUCACUUCUUUUUCUUCUUCUUCUGCAAACCCUAAUAAAAAACAGAUCUAUGAUGAUCUUCAUCUAUCCACACCAACGGCACAGCAGAAUCACCAUGGAGGGAGGUAUCAAUAUCAACAGCAGCAGCAGAACAGUAAUAAUUUCCAUUCUCCUGAUGCUCCUCCGCCAUCGAUUUCGAAUGAUUCAUCAAAUCGGAACCCUAAUUUUGGAAAGGAGUUGAAUAAUAGAAGAGGUGGUGGUGGUGGUGGCGGCGGAUUUGGAGAGACUACGAAGAAUGGGUAUGUUAAAUUCAAUAUAUCAGAGUAUUCUAAGAAAGAACUUAAAGAUCUGAAGAGAAGGUUUGUUUCUGAGCUUCAUCAAGUUAGGGAAUUAAGUAGUCAGAUUGAAUCACGGCAAAUUUCAAGAUCUUCUGGUGGUGCCGGUGGGUUUUCUUCCGGUGGUCCUAGUGUUUCUGGUUCUCCUCCAAAUUGCAGUUUGCCGCCGGCCAAGAAAGGAGGUGGUGGUGGUGGUCUGAAACGGCCUUAUCCAUUUGUUGAAGCCAAACGAGGACCUGGAGAAGCAAGGCUGAUUGGGACUAUGAAGAAGAAAUGUACUACAAUUUUGAAGAAAUUGCUGACAGAUAAAUACGGGAUGCAUGUCUUUAAUGUACCAGUUGAUCCAAUUAAAUUGAUGCUUCAUGAUUACAAGACGAUUAUUAAAAUCCCAAUGGAUCUUGGUACUGUGAAAGGGAAGCUUGAGAAAGGUGUAUACAGAACACCAUUAGAAUUUGCUGCAGAUGUUAGGUUAACAUUUGAAAAUGCAUUACUGUAUAACCCUAUAGGUCAUGAAGUUCAUAAUUUAGCUGCACGACUUCUUAAAACAUUCAAUGAGGUUUUCGAUCCUGCGUAUCAGAAAUUCGAGAGUGAUUUGAAGAAGUUGGAGAAUGAGAAUGGUGGGAGUAGAAGUAGCAGCAUUGUUGUUCCGAUUGGGAUUUCUGAUGAUGAACGAGAACAACGAACGGGUUUUGUUCGACAGAGGGUUUUAGCAUCAUCCACUCCAGAUAGAAUGAGGACUGUGACACCUGAUAGAAUUGUGCAUAAACCACCACCAUUCAGAGGAAAUUUAAAUCAGCAGUCAUCGAAGCAGCUUUUACUUCCACCUCGAUCACCAUUGGCGUUACCACCACCACCACCUGCACAGCCAGUGAUGCCUGCUGCUCUUCCUGUGUAUCAACAAGCUGUGAAACAGAUGAGUGGAGGAAUAGGAAGACCUUGGAGUGGGAAGCAGCCAAAGCCGAAAGCUAAAGAUGCAUGUAAAAGAGAUAUGAGUACUAUUGAGAAGGAGAAAUUGGGUGAUCUGUUGCAGAAUUUACCUCCAGAUAGGAUGGAUCAAGCCUUGCAGAUUAUUAGAAAGAGAAAUCCCGAUCUACCUCAAGAUGGGGAUGAGAUUGAGCUUGAUAUUGAAGCUUUUGAUGUUGAGACACUUUGGGAGCUUGAUAGGUUUAUGGGUAAUUACAAGAAGAUGUUGAGUAAAAUCAGAAAACAGUCACUUCCUGGUGGGAAUCAGAAUUAUCCAGCAACUGAAGAGAACAAGUCUCCUAUUGCUGUUGAGAUGCCUGAAGCUGCAGCUAUCAAAAACAACAACAGGAAAGCUGAAAACACUGUCAUGGAAGAGGAUGUUGACAUUGGUGAGGAUAUUCCUACUAGUAGUUUCCCUCCAGUGGAGAUUGAGAAAGAUGCAGGUUAUGCUAGUGACAACAAAUCUGGUGCUAGUUCUGGUAGUUCCAGCAGUGAUGAUUCAUCUUCUGAUAGUGAUUCAGAUUCUGGUAGUUCUUCAGACAGUGAUUCUGAUGGUGAUGAAGCACAAUCUCCUUUCGUUAAACAAAAUGACGGAUUCGAUUAGUUUGUCCAUUGAGAGUAGGGAGUUGUGUAAUGGUGUUUUAGGUAUAAUCUCUCAUCCCUAAAUUUCUGUUAGUGUUGUUCAAUUCAGUGUCAAUGUUACUGAAUUGGGUUGUGUCCUGUUUGGUGGUUGUCUGCAGAGAGAGUUAGGUUUUGGAAAAAUGAUAGGAAAAUUGGUAGCAGUGGUGGUAGAAUUUGGGUUUUGAGCUAGUUGGAUUGAACUAGCAGCUAAAAAUUGUGCAGGUUUUGUAAAAAGAAAAAGUGACUGAAUCAAAAAUUGACUUUAAGGCAGGUGUUAGGAUUUAGGCGAAGAUUAGAUCAGAGAGGAGAUACACAAGGUUGAAUAGUAUUUGGUGACAAUAGAAGGGUGGUGAAGAAGAAGAUAAAAAUGGGGGCUUUCUUAAAUUUGUUCUUUAUUUUUCAUUGUACAAAAACAUCACGGUUUAAUGGAGUUUCAUUAUGCUCUAAAGCAAGUUUUUUUUCUGGAUCACAUUCUCUGUUGUUGUUGAAAAUGUUUUUUGUUUUUUGGAAUGUCAUCAAGCAUGUGAUCCUUUGGUGUC